AUGGUGGGUGAGGGGGACACACAUGGGGGAGACAUGGGGGACAGAUGGGAGACGGAUGGGGAACGGAUGGGGGACAGAUGCAGAGACUGUCAGCAGGGGGCGCUGCAGGAGACUGUCAGCAGGGCGCGCUACAGGAGACAGUCAGCAGGGGGCGCUGCAGGAGACUGUCAGCAGGGGGCGCUACAGGAGACUGUCAGCAGGGGGCGCUGCAGGAGACUGUCAGCAGGGGGCGCUACAGGAGACUGUCAGCAGGGGGCGCUACAGGAGACUGUCAGCAGGGGGCGCUGCAGGAGACUGUCAGCAGGGGGCGCUGCAGGAGACUGUCAGCAGGGGGGCGCUGCAGGAGACAGUCAGCAGGGGGCGCUGCAGGAGACAGUCAGCAGCCAGGGGGCGCUGCAGGAGACAGUCAGCAGGGGGCGCUACAGGAGACAGUCAGCAGGGGGCGCUACAGGAGACAGUCAGCAGGGGGCGCUACAGGAGACAGUCAGCAGGGGGCGCUACAGGAGACAGUCAGCAGGGGGCGCUACAGGAGACAGUCAGCAGGGGGCGCUACAGGAGACAGUCAGCAGGGGGCGCUACAGGAGACAGUCAGCAGGGGGCGCUACAGGAGACAGUCAGCAGGGCGCGCUACAGGAGACAGUCAGCAGGGGGCGCUACAGGAGACAGUCAGCAGGGGGCGCUACAGGAGACAGUCAGCAGGGCGCGCUCAGGAGACAGCAGCAGGGGGCGCUACAGGAGACAGUCAGCAGGGGGCGCUACAGGAGACAGUCAGCAGGGGGCGCUACAGGAGACAGUCAGCAGGGGGCGCUACAGGAGACAGUCAGCAGGGGGCGCUACAGGAGACAGUCAGCAGGGGGCGCUACAGGAGACAGUCAGCAGGGGGCGCUACAGGAGACUGUCAGCAGGGGGCGCUACAGGAGACUGUCAGCAGGGGGCGCUACAGGAGACUGUCAGCAGGGGGCGCUACAGGAGACUGUCAGCAGGGGGCGCUACAGGAGACUGUCAGCAGGGGGCGCUACAGGAGACUGUCAGCAGGGGGCGCUACAGGAGACUGUCAGCAGGGGGCGCUACAGGAGACUGUCAGCAGGGGGCGCUACAGGAGACAGUCAGCAGGGGGCGCUACAGGAGACUGUCAGCAGGGGGCGCUACAGGAGACUGUCAGCAGGGGGCGCUACAGGAGACUGUCAGCAGGGGGCGCUACAGGAGACUGUCAGCAGGGGGCGCUACAGGAGACUGUCAGCAGGGGGCGCUACAGGAGACAGUCAGCAGGGGGCGCUACAGGAGACAGUCAGCAGGGGCGCUACAGGAGACAGUCAGCAGGGGGCGCUACAGGAGACUGUCAGCAGGGGGCGCUACAGGAGACUGUCAGCAGGGGGCGCUACAGGAGACUGUCAGCAGGGGGCGCUACAGGAGACUGUCAGCAGGGGGCGCUACAGGAGACUGUCAGCAGGGGGCGCUACAGGAGACUGA